GUCAUAAUCAUAAUUCGCACAACUAUACCUUUGCUUUUGUACUCUGUUGAUGAUCACGCGCUGUGUGUCGCGAUCGCGCCGGUACCGGGUGUUCUGCGAUGCCCAUGUAUGCUUGCUCUUGCUAGCUAGCCCGCUAGCUCGGGGGAGAUCAAGACAGAUAUCCGGGUGACAUAUACUGUAGAUCGAUACAGUCUCAGGCAGCAUGAAGGAGAUGAGGAUAACAGGUAUUUACUAGAUUGAAAAAAACCAAGGGCUUUGGCCCGCCCGCCCUCCCCGAGUUAAUAGGAUGAGGAAGAAGCGAUCCAAGACCCGGCUGGACUCAGCUACCAGCAGUACCAGUGGGAGUGGUAGCAGUCGGUAUCAGCACCUCCAUCAGGGUGUAAGAGGUCCAGCCAAAAAGGUGAUCAUCAAGAAGUAUGAUGAGACCCCGAACCGCUACCGGUCAAAGAUCGAUCCUGUCAACCUGGAGGAGCAGAAGAUGCAGUUCUUGAAGCAUGGACAGAUUCCUCAGUUCCAGUUCAAGGUUGCACCAGAAAAGAUUGAGGAGAUGUCACACAGCAAAAAAGCAGAGAUUGAGUUCACCCUGAUGGAAGAAGCUACAUGGAUCCUGGAGAAGGUUCGUCAGAAGUACGGUCCGGGAAGUCUGUUUGUAGAGCAGAUGUAUGGGGAGAGGAUCACUGCUGAGAAGGCAAACAAGAAACUCAGUCGAUACCUGAAGCAGAGUGGCUUUGACAACCAGAUCAGCAUUGGAUGGAGUAAAGACCUAGCCUGCAGUGCAAAGAUGGCUUGGUAUGGUCCUAAUGCCAGAGCAAACAGACCUGAAGCAAGGAAGUAUUCUCUCUGGCUCAAAGACUCAACUGAAAAUCUCUUCCUGAGGGAGACGGGAAUCAUCUGCCUCGCUGAUCAUGAGAUUGGAACUCAUUUUCUUAGGACUGUGAAUGAUGGGAUCCAGCCUUGGUUCUCUAAUCGGGAACAGUUUGGUCUAAAGAAGUUUAGCUCCCAUCUACUCUUAGAGACCGAAGAAGGUCUAGCAACCAUCAACACUCUCAUCCAGGCAAACAAGAAGUUCCUCUGGUUUCCAGCCAUCCUCUACUACACUGCCUGUAAGGCUGCUACUAUGACCUUUGAAGAACUGUUUGCUCACCUGGGUCAUUACAUUGAGAAUCGUGAACUUAGAUGGCGCUAUGUAAUGAGGGUCAAACGCAGUCUCCCGGACCCUGCCGGAGUAGGUGGAUAUGGAAAUGAUCAGUGCUACUUCAAAGGUGCAGCAGAAAUCCUGCGAAGCAUAAACACCAUUGACUUCCAUCUUCUGUACGCAGGGAAGGUGUGUUUGGAAUCCUUGCCUCGAAUCCAGAGGAUGGCGCGACUGGACUGCAUCAGGAUACCACACUUCAUGCAGGACAUAUGUUCUUACCUAAGAACCCUCAGGACAAUUGCCGCUACCAAUGGACUAAACCUACCUCAGAAACCAUCCAUCAUUCCCAAAGAAGUCAGCCUACGACGUAAGCCAAAGAAAACCAAGUCAGGUGGUGGCAAGAAGCGCAGGAACUCGUCCAAGGCCAAGGUUGACAAGGCGCCAAAGCCGCAGCAGUCUUCCAGUGAUGAAAUCCUCAUCGUUCAAAAUGACAUCCUUGAUUGCGAUGAACAGGUUGAUCUCAUUUUCCAGCGGACCUAUGACCAAUCGGCGAUGCUGAAGUUUUCCCCUUCCCUAGAGGCUAUUCAUGAUCAGGGUACAAGUCUUGUUACAGGGUCCGGGAACACCUCACCCAGGGAAUCCAGAGAGGCAUGGGCCAGGAAAUGUCUUUCAAAGUCUUACAUUUAUGCAUAUGACGACGAUCAUGGGGCAUCAUCAGAGCAAUCUGUGCUCUCUGUCUCCUAUGGAGAGAAUGACCCUUCAAUAGCUUCAGGUUUGCGUUGCCAGUCGCAGCCCACUAUCAUGAACAUUUAUGAAGACAGUCUACGUACCGACCAGAGCCAAUAUCACGGUACUAGCAAUCGUGGUAUUAACCGCUUAUCCCCUCUCAGUGGCACCCCAUCCAAACAAAAUGGCCUGAAUCACAACUCCUCAUCACAGACCAAAGUCAAGAGACCGGUAUCCCCUCUCGGAGCUGGCAUGCCCAAUGUGAUGCCUACUGUAAGCUCAAGAUAUAGACGUGAGAAGUGCGCAUCUCCAGUCCCGUUCUCUUCUCACCGCUGGCUUCUUUUGAGGAGAGAUAAAUGUCCUCCCAACUCCAUUCACUAACGUACCUUAAUACAAUUCUGAGCUGCUUUUUUUUUUCAGCAGGAAUCCCGUGCAGUGUCUUCAUCACCAAACCUCCCUCUUGGGCACAGGUCAACAAUAUUGAAUGCAGACACUAAAGACGACACUUAAAGGAGAAGUCCACUCCAACAAAAAGAAAAAUCCAACAAACACAACACUGAAAAUUUCAUCAAAAUCGGAUGGAAAAUAAGAAAGUUAUGACAUUAUAAAGUUUCACUUAAUUUUACAAAACAGUUAUACGCACAUCCUGGUCUAUAUGCAAAUAAGGAAAGUGAUUACAUCAUCCACUCACUAUUUCUUUUGUAUCUUAUUAUAUGAAAUAUGGAAUAUUCUAAUUUUCUCCUCAUUGCCAAGUAAAACAACGAUUAAUUCCUCCCUGAAUAUGUGGAAUUAGCAUUGUUUAAUACUAUAUGGUUCAGUCAAGUUGGUCCUUAUUGUCAAAUUUGUAAAAAAUGAAAUAUUGUAUAAUUCAAGCAAUAAAAUACAAAAGAAAUAGGGAGUGAGGGACAUCAUCGACUAUCUCAUUUGCAUGUCACUCGGUUGUGCAUAUCACUGUUUUGUGAAAAAUAAUCGAAACUUUAAAAUGUCUUAUUUUACAUCCGAUUUUGAUGAAAUUUUCAGUGUUGUGCUAGUUUGAUUUUUCUCUAUUUAUUCAAAUCAACAUUUUUCUGGGGUGGACUUGACCUUGAAGCAAGAUUCUUGUUUAGCACAGACUUUGGUAGGGUACCCUGAAGGGAUCUUUCAUUGCAAUAUUCAACAUCACAAACAAAUCAAUCUACAAUUACUGGACAUGUCUGUGACCGACAUUCAUAAGGAAAUUGUAGGUGUACAGAAAUAUAUAUGUUCACCAAAGAGAAAGCUGUUUUAAAGUUAGUUAAGUCUGAUAAGAUCUGCUCAGAAAAUCUAUUUUAUGCUGAUACAUUUGGGGGUUGGAAAUGCGAAGGAAUAUGCUUGUGUAAAUUCUAUGCAUUUAGGGUAAGCGCUCGUUAUACAGAAUGUUUUCUAAUUACUGGUAUUAUGUUAAAAGAAAGGAAGCAUUGAGGAUCGUGAAGAAAUUAAUGUUUAAUGUGCUCUAAACUUUAUUCUCCAUAUCCUCGCAUAUUCAAAAAGAAAUGUUUAUACUGAAUAGUUUUAAAGACACAAAUGAACAGCAAUUUUGGAUUCACAUAAAGCUCAAUUAUCCGAGACUUUUGUUUAUAUUCUAUGGUAAUAAAUUAUGACAAGCUGGUGUGUGUUUUGGGUUAUAUUAACCUUUCUUUUGCUGCUACUAGAGAAAAUAUAAGAUAUAAAUUUCUAUUUCUUGAUAGUGUACAUUCCUAUUUUUAUAAUGAAAUAUAAUCAAUUUACAAAAGCUAAUUAAUAUAAUACAGGAAAUGUCUUCCAUGUCAGUCUAACAAACUAACUAGUAUAGAUCUAUGUUAUUUUUAAUAUAAUAUUUUAACAAAAAUUCUUGAGUGUCUGUAGUUGUAUGUGAUAUCCUAAUCAUGUUUAAAAACAAAGUCAAAAUAUCGAUACUUCCUCUUACUAAUAUAUUUUACUAUUUCAUAGUGAAAGAAAUGAUCGUAGAACUGAAAUUGUUUUUUAAAUAUACAAUUGUUUAUUGAUGUAGAUUGUCUAGUCUUCCAAUAAUUAUAUGAAUGAUUCGAUAACAUUACUUUGGCGUUUUUUUUUAUAACAUAAGUGAAAAAUGAAUAUAUUUAGGAAUGUGUGAAUAAGUAACAUGACACAUGACAGUUAUAUUGGACUAUUCAUGGUGAACAUUCAUUGCAUGUUUAUUUCCCAUGUUUUGUUAUGAAUUUAAAACUUUAUUGAUUGAGAUCAAAUUGAGUUCAGUUUCAUUUUAGAUAAAUAAUCUUCACAUAAUUGUUUCGCCAUUCAAAAAAUAAGUUUACUUCAUAACUUUAUAGAACAAAACAUUAAUAUAUAUAUAUAUAUACAGUUCCAUAUCCAUUGAUUUAAGGAUUGUCAAAAUGUCAAACAUUUUGGUUCAUAUAUAUCUGACAAAUAUAAUGGACAAUAUGGACAAAAACUUGUGUGAAUCCUGACUAACAAUUCGGAUAAUUUUUACCAUUGAUUUUUCGGAGGAUUAGGCAUACGAAGCAUCAAAAUACCAUUUUUUUAAACGAAAAAUGCAAUACAUCAUAAGUGAUAAAACCCUAUGAUAAUAUAUUAAUAUGCCCAAUCUUUGUUCUUUUGGGUUUUUUUUGUUUAGAAAGUUUGUAAAUUUCAUAAUGUUCUCUUGAAAUAAUAUGAAUGAAUUUAUAACAGCAAUCAUUAGAUUGUGGUUUUGUAUUCAUACUCCCACCAAUCUCUAGAAGCACUUGUAGAACUAAAGAAUCAAGUUAAUACAUUGUGUUGGAUAUCAAUCUACUUGAUAGUGAUUUUGAUAUAUAUAUUUGAAAGAAUUUCGUGAUAGCAAGCCUGUAAUCCAGCUGAAUUUUGUUGUUCGAAGUGAUCAAUGUUUGAAUAAUAUUAAUGCUUAUAAGUUGAUUUAAGUAUAUUAAGCUCCAUUUUAUCAAAGUUUACAUUCAAGAGCAUGCAGAAUAUUACUAUCCAUCAUGUUUUUUCACACAUAGUUAGUGAAGAUGUCUGCCCUGCAUGCCUGACUUUAUGCCUUAUUUUUCAACACUCUUAUAAAAUAUAAGUGGUCUUUGCUCACAUGAGUAAUGUUUGCAUUGUCAUUACAUUCGUAAUAAUAAGUUAUACAUGUACAUGAUUGUUUCUCACAUCGUUGAUUUGCAGCUGGCUUUAAAGUUUUGCAAUCAGAUUCCUGAAUUUGAUGUGUGUGAGCAAGAUAUUGUGGAAUUUUUGCGAUAAAGUAAUAAUGUAUUUGUUGUGUUUGCGCACCAGGUGGGUGUUUCAUAAAGCUGUUCGUAAGAUAAGAGCGACUUUAAGAAUGACUGGCGAUCCUUUCUUUUGGUAAAUGGUAUACACCAUUGGCGAUGGUUUAGUGCGUAAGAAAGGUUCACCAGUCGUUCUUAAAGUUGCUCUUAACUUACGAACAGCUUUAUGAAACGCCCUCAGAAUCGGUAGACUAGCUUAGCCGGGGUAAUAUAGGAGUGCCUUGAGCACCUAGCAAGGUGGAUACGUGCGCUAUACAAAUCCUAUAUUAUUAUUAUUUGCACAUCUCUUAGUAUCAGAUCUAUCUUGCCCUGUAUCCUGUUUCGUGUGUGAAGGAAGAUAUUAAACAAUAUAGAUGAAAUUAA